AUGGCGGCGGCAGCGUCUGUGUGCUGGCUGAGGGUUCGCUGCAGGUUUUGCUUGCCGAUGAUGGGUUGGCGGGCAGAUCCAUGUGAACGGGCCCCUAGUUGCAGAUUUUAUUCUGGAAGUGCAGCCCUCCCAAAGGUUGAAGGAGCUGAUGUAACAGGGAGUGAAGAAGUGGUCAUUCCAAAAAGGAAAACUUGGGAUAAAGUGGCCGUUCUUCAGGCACUCGCAUCCACAGUAAACAGGGAUACCACAGCUGCUCCGUAUGCAUUUCAAGAUGAUCCUUACCUCAUACCAACAUCUUCUGUGGAAUCACGUUCAUUUUUAUUGGCAAAGAAGUCUGGGGAGAAUGCAGCAAAGUUUAUUAUUAAUUCACAUCCCAAAUAUUUUCAGAAGGACAUAGCUGAACCACAUAUACCGUGUUUAAUGCCUGAGUACUUUGAAGCUCAGAUUGAAGAUAUAAGCGAAGCCGCCCUGAAGGAACGAAUUAAGCUCAGAAAAGUCAAAGCUUCGGUGGACAUGUUUGAUCAACUCUUGCAAGCAGGAACCACUGUAUCUCUGGAAACAACUAAUAGUCUCUUAGAUUUAUUGUGUUACUAUGGUGACCAAGAGCCCUCAGCUGAUUAUCAUUUUCAACAACGUGAACGAUCAGAAGAGUUGGAAGAGGCCACAGAGGAAAACAAUGAGAAAUCUAAGAAGAAGGCUGGUCCUCAGUUUGGUGUUACUUGGAGAGCAAAAAACAAUGCUGAGAGAGUCUUUGCUCUAAUGCCCGAGAAAAAUGCACAUUCCUACUGCACAAUGAUCCGGGGAAUGGUAAAGCACCGAGCUCCUGUGCAGGCAUUAAAUUUGUAUACAGAAUUAUUAAACAACAGACUUCCUGCUGAUGUAUACACCUUCAAUGCAGUGAUUGAAGCAAAAGCAUUGAUGGUAAAUGAGAAAUUUGAGGAAAAAUGGAAUAACAUACUGGAGCUACUGAAACAAAUGGUUGCACAGAAGGUGAAACCAAAUCUACAGACUUUUAAUACCAUUCUGAAAUGUCUCCGAAGAUUUUAUGCAUUUGGAAGAUUGCCAGCUUUACAGACCUUACGUGAAAUGAAAGCCAUCGGAAUAGAACCCUCGCUUGCAACAUAUCACUAUAUUAUUCAGCUGUUUUAUCAACAUGAAGGCUCUUCAAAAGAAGCACCCCUCAUCAUCUAUGAUAUCAUGAAUGAAGUAAUGGGAAAGAAAUUCUCUCCAAAGGACCCAGAUGACGAUGCAUUUUUUCAGUCAGCCAUGAGAGUUUGCUCAUCUCUCAGAGAUCUAGAACUUGCUUACCAAGUACAUGGGCUUUUAAGCACCGGAGACAACUGGAAAUUCAUUGGACCUGAGCAGCGGCGUAAUUUCUAUUAUUCCAAGUUUUUCAGUUUGCUUUGUCUAAUGGAACAAAUUGAUGUCACUUUGAAGUGGUAUAAGGACCUGAUACCUUCAGUCUUCUUUCCCCAUUCUCAAACAUUGAUUCAUCUUCUCCAAGCAUUGGAUGUGGCCAGCCGGCUAGAAGUGAUUCCUCAAAUUUGGAAAGAUAGUAAAGAAUAUGGUCACACUUACCGCAAUGACCUGAAAGAAGAGAUUCUGAUGCUCAUGGCAAGGGAUCAGCACCCACCAGAGCUUCAGGUGGCGUUUGCUGACUGUGCUGCAGAUAUCAAAUCUACUUACGAAAACCAAGAUGCUAGACAGACUGCUCCUGAUUGGCCAGCCAACUCUCUGAACUGUAUAGCUGUCCUCUUUUUAAGGGCUGGGAGAACCCAGGAAGCCUGGAAAAUGUUGGGGCUUUUCAGGAAACAUAAUAAGAUCCCUAGAAAUGAGUUGCUGAAUGAGUUUAUGGACAGUGCAAAAGCAUCCAGUAGCCCUGCCCAGGCCAUUGAGAUAGUGAAGUUGGCGAGUGCCUUCAGCUUACCUAUUUGUGAGGGCCUCACCCAGAGAGUAAUGGCUGACUUCGCAGUCAGCCAGGAGCAAAGGGAAGCCCUGGGAAACCUGACCGCAUUGACCAGUGACAGUGACAGUGACAUCAGUGAAGGCAAAUAGAAGAGGGUGAAUCAGGAGCAGCUGUGGCCUAGCAUAGCUGCUAUAAUGACACUGAGAACUGAGAUGUUACUAACCAUGAUAUGAAGAAAACAUGGCAGUAAUACACAUUUGGUGAACUUUGAAGUAGAGUUGAAUACAACACUGACUUAUUUAGGUUCAAUUCUUAAUUUGAGACUAAACCAUCCAUUCAAGGUUUACUGUUUAAACAGAAGCAGCAUUACCAUUUUCAUUUCUUUAGACACACGUUUUGCGGUACAGAGCUCCUGAUUUCAGCAUAAGCUCUGCACACCUGCAGUGUUUGUCAGCUGCCUUCACACUUGUCAUCAGUGUGGUUUGCCCUUCCCUGUUGUGGACUUAAGCCUUCGUUGGCUGAUGCUGUGAUACUGGUACUUCCUUGAUCUUAGAGAAGGUGUCUAAAAGAAGUUUCCAUUACAUCACAAUUGAUAUUGGGUCAGUAGUAUCCCAAUUUCAGGGAUAUUUAGAUAUGAAAAAUUGUGCAUCUUAGAAUUGAUUAAAUGACAAUGGCAGGAGUUCAGGCUGCAAAGCUGGGAAAAUGAAGACUGUAAAUAAAUAUGUAAUUAAUGUA